CCUCUAUUCUCCCGGAGCACGACCUUCUCUAUCGUAAUGUUGCCCGACUGAAUCAAUCGCUGAAUACCGACAUACUUCUUUCCUCGGCUGCCCGCAAGGCCGCUCUCGCGCCAUCUCCAUUCGCUACUAUAUACUACAUACACUAUGUUGGCCUCACGACUUUUACGUUAUUUCGCUGCGGCGACCGCCUCAUUACAUAUUGGUCAUGUCAAUGCGAUAGACAUGGAUCCCGAUGACCACAAUAGUGUCAAAGCUGCUGCGUCGACCGUUGCUCAUGGUCUCAUGAGCUAUUACCAUGGAAAUGAAUCUGGUCAGCCUGUUGGUUGGCUGCCAAGUCCUUACUACUGGUGGCUCGCCGGUGCCAUGUUUGGAGAGAUGGUAGAAUACUGGUACUAUACCGGUGAUGACACAUACAAUGAUUUGGUCAUUAAAGGCCUGCAGGCGCAGGUUGGCGAUAACCAAGAUUAUGAGCCGCUGAAUGUCACGAAACAGCUGGGCAACGAUGACCAAGACUUCUGGGCAUACGCUGUGCUCAGCGCUGCCGAGCUCAAGUUCCCCGAUCCACCCCAAGGCCAGCCUUCGUGGCUUGCGCUCGCUCAAGCCGUCUUCAACAGGCAAAUUUCGCGAUGGGACGCCCAGACCUGUGGCGGAGGUCUGAGAUGGCAGGUCUUUUCCUUCAACACGGGUUACAAUUACAAGAACAGUGUGUCGAACGGCGGCUUUUUUCAGCUCGCAGCACGUCUAUACAGAUACACUGGAAAUCAAACUUAUUAUGAUUGGGCUGAAAAGAUGUACGAUUGGAUGGAGUCUUCCCCUCUCUUGACAAAAGACUUUCAUGUCUAUGAUGGCACAACUACAGACAACAACUGUACCGACGCAGAUCGUCAUGAAUGGUCCUACAAUGUUGGCAUGAUGAUCGCAGGUUCCGCUUUCAUCUACAACCACACGCAAGAUGAAAAGUGGCUGAAUAGGCUGAACGGAUUCAUCGAUGUUUCCGACAUUUUCUUUCCCUAUAAUGGCGUGAACACCGGCGGUCCGGUCCUUGUCGAAGUCGCAUGCGAGAUCAUAUCAACAUGUAACAAUGACCAGCCAUCAUUCAAAGGCUACCUAGCCCGCUGGAUGGCCCUUGCCGCUCAACUCGUGCCGCAAACAGCAGAUCGAAUCCUGCCAAAACUACACUCUUCGGCAAUCGGCGCAGCAGCACAGUGCUCUGGUGGAACAGACGGCGUGACAUGUGGUCGCCUAUACAAUCAAACUCAAUGGGAUGGUAAAUAUGGUGUAGGCGAACAAAUGAGCUCGCUGGCGGUCAUUAUGACACUCUUAAUCGACACGCAAGCACCCCCUGUCACGGCCAACACCGGUGGCACAAGUGUGGGUAACCCGGCCGCUGGUACGAAGAACAACGAUCCGACGAAUCCGUACGCGAACAUGCCCAUCACCACCGGCGAUCGGGCAGGUGCAGGCAUCUUGACAGCUAUUAUGCUGGCCCUCACGGUCGGUGGUGCGGUCUUCAUGGCCAGUUGAAGGCCUUGCUACGACACAUGUAAAUGUAGAAAAGCUGGGAUAUUGGUAUCUUUCAACGAAGUGCAUGAGACGCCCGAUCACGAGGCGUCAUUAAUUAUUGGUUUUUUGGUAUACCUUGGGGGUUUUGCGCGCAUCCUGCGCAGAUUCGACUGCA